AUGGCAAGACUCAAAGCAAAAAUCACCGCUUUUGAACAAAAAGAAAGCGAAUCUCUGUACGAGGCUUGGGAACAAUUCAAAGGAUCACUCAGAAAGUGUCCUCAACAUGGAAUUGAAGCAUGGGAGAAAGCAAGAAUCUUUUUCCAAGGGAUGACGUCCAGCACAAGAACACUGGUAAAUGCUGCUGCAGGAGGCUCCUUGAAAACAAAAAUUGCACAGGAAGCGCUAGAAUUGUUGGAAUCCUUAGCAUCUCAAGAAUUUGACAAUGCUCCUGUCCCAGUUGCACCAAGAAGAGCAGGAAUUAUGAAGCUUGAAGGCUAUGAUGCACUCUUAGCCCAAAAUGAACAAUUGCUACAAAUACACAAGAAACAACAAGAACUAUUAGAUGCUCUUAAUAAAAAAUUUAAUAUUUCUCAAGUUUCUUCUGUUAAUAAUUCUAAUAUUAAAUGUGGUAUUUGUGCAGAAGCUCAUGCUACUGAAGACUGCGACUUCAUGAGAGCACCUGAAACUGCUGAAGUAAACGAACUCUGGUAUGAUCAGAAGAACCAAAAAGAUCUAGGAAGGAACCAGUAUGGGAAUGACUAUAAUCAAGGGUGGAAGAAUCAGAAUCAACAUCCAGGUGCAAAUGCUUUCAGAGAGGACACAUCUGUUUUCAUGCAAGAGACUAGAGCAGCACACCGGAAUCAAGAAGCUUCCAUAAGAAAUCUGGAAAUUCAGGUUGGCCAGUUGUCAAAGAAAUUUUCUGAGAGAGCUCAGGUCGAAAAGAAACUAUUCAAGUGGGAGAAGAAGAAAGCUGUAGAAAGACAGAACAAGCCAUUGGAUCUCUCCCCUUAUGCUCGAAUCCCUUAUCCUCAGAGAUUAAAGAAAGAUAUUCAGAAGCAGCAGUAUUCAAAGUUUUUAGACAUAUUCAGGAAAUUGCAGAUCAACAUCCCUUUUGCUGAAGCUUUAGAGAACAUGCUCAACUAUGCAAGGUUUAUGAAGGAUUUAUUAUCAAGGAAGCGUAAGUUGCAAGAAUGUGAGACAAUGAAUCUGACCGAAGAAUGUAAUGCUAUCAUCCAAAAGAAGUUACCUACCAAAGUCAAGUAUCUAGGGAGCUUCAGCAUUCCAUGCACUAUAGGCAAAGUGGAAGUGGACAAUGUUUUAUGUGAUCUUGGAGCUAGCAUCAAUGUCAUGCCGCUCUCCAUGAUGAAGAAGCUAGGGAUUACUGAAGUGAAGCCCACAAAGACGAUAGUGCAACUGGCUGACCACUCUUCAAAGCAAGCUUAUGGCAUCAUUGAAGACAUAUUGGUAAAGGUAGAAAAAUUCAUCAUUCCUAUUGAUUUUGUCAUCCUUGACAUUGAAGAAGAUGCCACAAUUCCUAUGAUUUUUGGAAGACCCUUCUUGGCAACUUCAGGAGCACUGAUUGAUGUACUAAAAAUUGAGUUGAUCUUACGGGUAGACAGAGAGCAAGCAAUUUUCAAAUUCUUUGACAAAGAAGUCCCUUCAUCCGUAGCUCAACUGGAAGAUCAAGUGAAGAAAAGGGAAACAAGAGAACGACUAGUUGUUUUUUAUUUCUCACACGAUUUCUUUGUAGAUUUAAAUCUGUUGUUGAGGACAGCAACAUUUAAAUCUGGGAAUGGUGAACGCGCGAUUCAUCUAAGCAUAAUUUAG